AUGCGGUUUGCGUCAUUGUUCCUCGGCUUGGCUGCCGUCGUCGCCGGAGAUCCUCUACCACCGGCUCAAGACGUCGAGGCCAGGCACUCUUCGGGCUACUGGUACGAAAAGAUCCAGCACAACGGCAUCAGUCCAUUCAUCGCCGAUGGCAAGAACUGGAAAGUCUUCCGCAACGUCAAGACCGACUUUGGAGCCAAGGGAGACGGCAUCACGGACGACUGGGCUGCCAUCCAAGCAGCCUUUGACUAUGCCAAUGCUACCGAAAAGCGCAGCUCUGGUGCUUGGGGCACGACGGGGGCCCCUGCUGUCGUUUACAUCCCGGCUGGCACGUACCGUCUGAGCAAGCCUCUCCAGUCGUACGUUGACACCGUUGUCAUGGGCGAUCCCAUCCACAGGCCGGUGCUUCAGGCCUCGCCCGACUUUACAGACCCUUUCCUUUACCUGGGCUAUGAUCCCAACUACGACUCGACGAUCAACUUCUACAUUGGACUGAAGAACGUUGUCUUGGACUCGACCAAGGUGCCCCUUACUCACAACAUUACGCUUCUCAACUGGGCUGUGAGCCAGGCCGUGCAGCUCACCAAUGUCUUGUUCAACAUGCCGAACGGUGGCGUGGCACACACUGGAUUGUCGAUGCCUCAGGGCGGCUCGCCUCUGAUGAUCAACGACGUUGUGUUCCAGGGCGGAUCCGUUGGCAUUCGUAUGAAUGAGCAGCAGUACCACUUCAAGGGCAUCACUUUCAAGAACCAGGACAUUGGCUUGAAGCUCGACAAGCUCUUUGAGGGCACUGGCCAAGGCUUGCACUUUGAGUCGUGCAAAGUCGGCAUUGAGACGACGAACAACAAUACCGGAUUCUUCGCCCUCAUCGAUUCGACAGCCAAGAACGUCGACAUCCUGUGGAACGCAGCAGCCUCUCCCACAGCCCAGGGGUCCAUGGUCCUUGAGAACGUCCAAGUCGACUGGUCGACUGUCACCGCCGGAGGAAAAAGCGUCCUCAAGGGCUCAGUCAGGCCCGGCCAGUCAUGGAUCUGGGGCAACGUUUACGGCCCUGUCAAAGGUCAACGCGCAGAGGGCAAAUUCUUCCCUGCUUCUCGCCCUCUGGCACUGGUCGAUAUCACUGGCUCUUAUCAUGCCGUCCCUCCGCCAACUUUCCAGGAGUACAGCGUCGACCAGGUGAUUAACGUCAAGUCGGUCCAUGGACUGCCUGUUGCUGGUGAUGGAGUUACAGAUGAUACGAAGAACCUUCAAAAGAUUAUCAACAAGGCUGCUGGCAAGUCUGUUCUCUUCUUCCCUCACGGAACAUACCUCGUCAGCGAUACCCUCGUUGUCCCCCCCGGAAGCCGAUUCCACGGCGAGGUCUGGUCCGAAAUCAGCGCCACCGGCGACAAGUUCAAAAACGCCAACAAGCCCGUCGCCAUGGUCCAGGUCGGAAAGCCGGGCCAGAUCGGCGUCGCCCAGUUCGUCGACAUGCUCUUCACCGUUGCCGACAUCCUUCCCGGCUGCAAGCUCGUCGAGGUCAACAUGGCCGGUUUGAAGGCUGGAGAUGUGGGCUUCUUCAACACGCACUUCCGGAUCGGAGGAGCGAGAGGAUCAAAGGUGCAGACCAACUGUGACGAUCCUGCGACGUGCAAAGCGGCGAGGCUGUGCGCCCAUCUCACUACCUCGUCGUCUUCGUACUGGGAAAACAGCUGGUGCUGGAGUGCGGACCACGAUCUUGACGAUGACUUUGGUGCUAACCCUUCCACUGCUGGUGGCUUCUUGGUCGAGUCUACAAGGGCCACCUGGAUGCUGGGCAUUGGCAGCGAGCACAACUCUCUGUACCAAAUCAAUGUUUACAAGGCGAGAAACGUCUUCUUGGGCUUCCAGCAGAGCGAGACGCCAUACUGGCAGGGCAACAACUCUGGUCUCCUGACGCCUCUGCCGUGGACAAACUCCCUGCUGGCCAGCGACCCCGACUUUAGCUGGUGCGCAGCCGAUGACGCGCAGUGCCGCAUGGCUAUCUUUCAGUAUAUUCACGACUCGAGUAAUGUCAAUGUCUACGGAGGCGGGUACUGGGUCUUUUUCAACGGCAUCAACCGCGAUGGCUGCUCAGCUGAGUGUCAGCAGAACGCCGUCAUCUAUGCCGACAACCAGCAGUUGUACAGCUACGGCGUGAGCACGCAUAAUGUGAGGACGAUGGUCCUGGAGUCGGAAAGGGGGAAGGCUGUGGCAGAGGUUGUGGACACCGCGAAUGCGGGAGGUUGGCAGAGCCAUGGCGGUGUUAUGGCUGCUUACCUGGGACAGAGCGGGUUUUAA